AUGGGUGCUGCCGACGAAGGUUGUAAAAGUCUCUAUGUCGGAAAUCUCGACCCCAGAGUAACUGAUAGUAUGCUUCAAGAGAUCUUUUCGGUGGCUGGUUCUGUGAACAACACCAAAAUUAUUCCCGACAAAAAUUAUCAACAUGGCGGCUUGAAUUAUGGAUUUGUGGAAUUUAAUGACCAUCGUUCUGCAGAACAAGCUCUCCAAACGUUGAAUGGGAGACGAAUAUUCGACAUGGAAAUUAAAGUGAAUUGGGCCUUUCAAGGUCAACAAGGACACAAAGAGGAUACAUCAAAUCAUUAUCAUAUUUUUGUCGGUGACUUGAGCCCAGAAGUGAAUGAUGAAGUGUUAGCGAAAGCUUUUAGUGCAUUUGGCAGCAUGUCGGAUGCUCGUGUAAUGUGGGAUGUCAAUUCUGGUAAAUCUAGAGGAUAUGGUUUUGUAGCUUUUCGUGAUAAAACGGACGCAGAACAAGCUAUUGCAACUAUGAAUGGUAAAUGCGAAUGGCUUGGAAGUCGUGCUAUUCGAUGUAAUUGGGCCAAUCAAAAAGGUCAACCUGGACCAGGAAGUACAACAUCGGAACGGCAAGGAACUCCUCCUCAAGCCCCUCAACUUUCCUACGAUAUUGUUGUCCAACAAACUCCACAAUACAACAGUACCGUUUACGUUGGGAAUUUGCCAGCUUAUACAACACAGGAACAUUUGAUACCAUAUUUUCAACAAUAUGGAUAUAUUAUUGAAGUUCGGAUGCAAGCAGAUCGUGGGUUUGCUUUUGUGAAACUCGACACGCAUGAAAAUGCCGCUCAUGCGAUUGUGAAUUUGCAACAAACUACAAUUAAUAACCGUGUUAUAAAAUGUUCUUGGGGAAAAGAUAGGGCUCCUGAUCAGCCAACAACUACUUACCAUACUUAUGGAGUACCAAGCACUUACAACUAUCCUUACGCAUAUUAUAGUGGACAAGGUCAUCACUAUGCCACACCUGGUCCAGAAGCUGGGUUCGAUCUACCUCCUGGAAUGUCUGCCCCACCACAAUCUUUGGCGUCUUUAGAUGGUGCAGCUGCGGCCGCAGCUGCAGCAGUUGUAGCUGGUCAACAGCAACAUCCAGCAGCAGGUUGGGAACAAUAUUACAAUAACCCGGGUUAUGAUGCGUAUGGACAAUAUUACGGAUACGGCUACAACGCUCAAGCAGCUGCCUCGGCUUCCGGUGGGGCACCUGGAAUGGGUACUCCUACUUCUCCUCAUGCAGUUGCUGGUGCUCAUCCAGGUAUGCAUGGACCUAAUAGUGGCAAUGCUUAUUCAGGUUAA